UCUUGGACGGAACUGAGACGGCUUGGUUGUACACUGAAAGAAAUUUUGUUUGAAAUAAGCAAAUCGAAGCCUCCAUGGAGGAAAAACGGAGCUCAAGCAGAUCAAAACGCCAGUCUAAGUCUGCCCCAGACGAAGGAUUCUGGGACUGCAGUGUUUGCACGUACAAAAACUCCCCCGAAGCCUAUAAGUGUGAAAUGUGCGAUGUCAGGAAAGGCACUUCUACCAGGAAGCCAAGGCUCAACUCUCAGCUGGUAGCACAACAAGUGGCUCAACAGUUUGCUCCUCCAGCACCACCAAAGAAAGAAAAGUCUCAUAAUCCUGCUAAAAAGGAGAAACUUGGGUCCCAUUCUAAAGAUGGCAACAGACCUCCAAGGUUAAGGAACAUCGAUCGAAGUAGUGCCCAGCACAUCCCAGUGACUGUGAACAAUGUGACAGUCAUCAUCACAGACUACCAGCCAAAAAUGAACGGACAUAUUUCUUCCUCUGAAAAUACUAAUCAUAGCUCAGAUGCGAGCAGUGACACAAACUCCUCUAGCACAAGUCAUGAUGCCAAUGAUGAAGACUCACCAACUGAAAAUGGCAACAACUGAUCUCAUUGGCUAUUGUUGGAAUGGAUCAGUGAUUUGAUUGGCUCAUGGCAGCUGAAGAUCGGUUCCUUUGGCUAAUGUUGAUGUCCUGUGCUUUGUUUGAGAUCUUUAUUACUUGAUUGAUAUGGAAAAUGGAAGUGUUAGAACAUUUAUUUGUCUGAAAGAGUUGACCAGUGAGUGCUUGUACAUGAUGUUGAAAACAUAAUUGCAGUAAGAUAAUUGGCUGAAAAUAUUGACCAAUGAGUGCUUGCAGAUGGUUUGAACACAGAAUUGCAGUAAGAUCAUUGGCUGAAAGAAUUGACCAAUGAGUGCUUGCAGAUGGUUUUGAACACAGAAUUGCAGUAACAUCAUUGGCUGAAAGAAUUGACCAAUGAGUGCUUACAGAUGGUUUUGAAAACAGAAAGGAGAAGAAUGAAAGUACGGGAGUGUCUGAUUGAAGGAUUGAAUAAUAAAUAGAUGUUUAUAUAGAUAAUAGGAAGUAUAUGGAACAUCAUUAGCGGAAACAGCUGGUCACCGAGUGAUGAGAAUUGGGAUUGUGUUGAGCACUUCAGCACUACUGGUCAUAUCUGUUGAACCACAACUGUUUGGGAACAUCAUUUGUAGAAGAGGUUGACAAUGCUUCCAUUUCUUUGACAAUGUGAAUGAGGUCACUGACAAUAUUUUCCAAUAUUUUAAUUGUCAGUGUUAGCAUUGCACAACCUGAGUGCCAUCUUCAAACUUGUGGGCUGUGAAGCCCCGGGAAGUCUUCCCAGUUUUCACUGGAACAUGAAGUAAAUGUGUUGUAAUUUCAUUGGACAACAAUGAGGCCAUGUGACCAGUCAGGGAACAGAUUCAUUGGAUGAUCAAACAGGCAGCAGGAAUUUGCUGAAAUUGGAUUCACAUGAAUUUAUCAAAACUUUAGUAGGCCUGGAGCCUUCAAGACUGCGCUGUUGUUGUUUUACAAAGAACUGAGAUUUAUAGGCAGGUUCCAAUGCUGCUUGUGAAAAUAUUCAUCUGAUCAUCUCUGCUUCAAACUCAAUAAUAUCAUCAAUACAUACAUCUUGUGAAAGACGCCUUUGAUCUGAAAGACAGCCAGGUUGUUGGAUACAUAGUCAUGUUCUCUUUGUCUCAUUUGCCUCUUCAAGAUUCACCAUCAGGAUCACUUGGCAGUUACCUCUCAGAAAUCUCACCAUCUUUUCACAAAUAUAGUGUGAUUAUCCCAUAACCUGUCCAUGACAUCACCUGUAUAUCAGUAUCAUCUAUAAUAAACUCUUGAAAAGCCAUGUUCUCCAGAACAAUGAGGCCAUUGUAUGGUAGGGAUAAAAAUUUGAUGUUUACUGGAAACAGGUUGAGUUUCAUGUGUCAUUUUCAGCGCUUUUAUGAUAUUUUUUAAAUUGGUAAUGCUGAAGUCUCACUGUAAUGUGUAAAUCGGAAAAUACAUUUGUACAUGCUGUUUCACAGAUUCUUAAAGACACGAAAAUAUGCUUUUAGAAUGUGACAAGAGCAAGUAGUUUUUGACAUGAUUUUGUAAGUUCUUAUGAAGUUUCCUUGUGGAACUUGAUUAUUGUGCAUUUUGAUAGCCCAAAAAUAAUGGCAGACAAAAAUAUAUGUGGUUGUAGCAACCAUCCUCAACAAUGUAGGGCAUCUUUGUCGAAUAAUUUAAAAUCAUCUCGGGACUUCUAUGUGAAGAAAAUGCAUUUGUUACAGGUUGAUGGAAAGGUGAAGGUUCAGGCCAAACGAAAGGAUAUCUUUUAUGCGCCUGAAAUAGAAAUUGUAAUGUCUUUCAACAAGCUGUCUUGAGGAAUCCAAACUUAUGUAGCAUAAGGUCGGUUUUUGAUGUCUUAUAUUGACAUGUUGCUGCGUUAUUGCAGUGUAUUGGCUGCAGUUUGGAUCAAUAUUUCCUAUAUCAUACCAGGAGUAAGGAUUGUACUCGAAGCUGUUCCAUUCACCCCAAGAAAUGUGUUUCUCACAAUUGUCACAUCAUCAAAUGCAUCAUGGGAAAUAUGAGAGUAAAUGUUUCCAAAUUGUCUUUCAAGACGAGAGCCCCUUCAUAUUACAAUCGUGCAAUUUUUAUCCAUUUGUACUUGUAGAUGUGUAAAGUUUUAGAUGGAGUAUAUCUGGUACUGCAGAAUUACUCUCUCAGCUUCAAUGGGAGUUUAAUUAUUAGCUGUUUGUACAUAGAUCAAAUACAGGCGGGGAAAUUAUUUAGAUUAUCACCCUUCUUUCCUGAAAAAAAUAUUUGCAAUUCAUUUUUAUGUCGUCAAAAAAUAGACUUGACAAUUGUCAUUUUGGCGCAGAAGAGUAAGUUCAAAAUUUAAAAAUGGCAAAUGAAUUGAAUGUGGAACAGGAUGGUAAUCUAUGAAUAAUUUUGACUGGUCUUGUGAAGAUGCUAUUAACAUUGAUGGUCAAGAUUAGCAUAUUGCCAUGUUGGUCAGCUGCUGAAGAACUGAUCAGUUUCAGCAAAUCUUGUAUAUCAGAUUGAUUGUGUAUGUGUGCCUCGUGUUACUCUGCAGGUCUGAUGCUUGGUGUCUACAGUACAUGGACGUGUGCCAUCGUCUUGUCAGUGUGGCAUUCCAGUCACUCGCUUCAGACACAACAAAAACAGAUGCUCAUUAAAAAAUGCAUUUCAAUAGGUGAUAUCAAAUACCCUAUUUCCACAACUAGGUGAUAUCAAUUGCCUUAUACCGACUAGGUAAUAUCAAUGACCGUAUUUCUUCAACAAGGUUAUAUCAACAAUCUUAUUUCCACUAAGUUAUAUCAAGAACCAUAUCUCUAUUGUAGGGGAUAUCAAGAAUUCUAUUCCUACAGCUGGAUGAUAUCAUCUACCCUAUUUCUAAUAUAGGAGAUACUAAAACUGUAUGGCUACAACUAGGUGAUAUCAAGUACCAUACUGCUACAACUAGGUGAUAUCAAGUACCAUAUUGCUACAGCUAGGUGAUAUCAAGUACCAUAUUGCUACAGCUAGGUGAUAUCAAGUACCAUAUUGCUACAGCUAGGUGAUAUCAAGUACCAUAUUGCAACAACUAGGUGAUAUCAAGUACCAUAUUGCUACAUCUAGGUGAUAUCAAGUACCAUAUUGCUACAUCUAGGUGAUAUCAAGCACUAGAUUUCUUCAACUUGGUGAUAUCACAAACCAUGUUUCUAUUACAAGAAAGUAUCAGCUAGCAUACUUCUACAAAGAGAUGAUAUCAACUUAAGAAGUGUUUCUAAUAUUGCAGUACUGCUUGAAAUUAAAAUAAGCCUCAAAAUGAAAAUAUAGCUUUGUAUAAACAGACAAAUACAUUGUCAAUAUUGUCGUCAGCAAAGAGCUGGUCUGUUGACUUGAUGGCUGCAAAUAUUACUAUAAACUUUACAUAACUAAUGUGUUAGGAAUUGACAAAUUUGGUUUGGGUUUAUUUGACCGUGUAUGGCUGACAGAUUUACAUGGCCAGGGUAAUUUAUACAGCACAAGACAAGUUUAGGGAUCAAGAAUUCUUUCGAUGUUUUCACUUAAAAAUAAAUAUCAUCC